GUGCGACGAGCAUGUUCAACUUCUCCAUUCUUGUUCAUCUUCAUGGUCGAUAAAAUAAUGAAGCGAACGCUGGAAGAUCUUCAAAACCCUGGUGUUCAAAUUGUUGCUGGUACAAACCUUGUCGAUCUCGAGUACCAAGACGAAGCACAAGCUCUGCUGGUCACCGUUGGACUGUCUUUCAGCAUGCGACCUACAACUUCAAAGUUCAAAGCCAUGCUUCAGAACGCACAGUCCCUGAACAUUCGCCUUACGAUUCAAGAAAAGCUGGUUCUGACUGCCCUGCUGCGGCGGGCUAAAAGUUCAGACAUUGUGGUGGUUGCCGGAGAUAUGAAUGCGCAAGUGGGCAUGCUCAGUGCAUCUGAGACGCAAUUGGGAGGUCGACAUGGACUGAACUCGGUAAGAUCUGUGAAUUGCAUUGAAGAUAGCCCCAUUUUAGACCACAAUAGUGGAAAAACAAAGGUUUCUCCAAACGUUCAAAAGACCAAUGACUGUUCGGAAUACCUCACGUGGUCAGUUAUUGGGGAUCCGAAUGCAAAAGUCGCAAUACUUUUACGGCAGGGUGAACUGAUCGCGGCGGAAAGACAGCUCCUCCCUCGCCACGCGCAAAUUUUGGGAACUUGUUUGUCGUAUUGGAAGAAAAACUUUACGGACAGGAAGAAUACUGUAGUAGAGCAUCAGUCACAUUUGAAUCAGCCCAGUAAUCCAUCCGAAUUGGAGUUGAAAUCAUUCUCAGUCUUGAAGCAAGCACUCGCCAAGGUUUAUGCAUCAAACUGUAAGCUGAUUGCUUUUGCGGAUACAUCCGUUGCCGCUGGUGAGUAUAGUCAGUUCUUACGUUUGUGCAAUGCACUUCGACGCGAAUCAAAAACUAACAGAGGCCUGUUGUCCGGCAAAAUGCUCGUCUCACCCAAAAUCUACGAGACCCUUGCGUGCUACUUCGCUAACAAGGCGGAUUGGCUCAGUUUGGAUGGUUUACUCAAACGCAUGGAGCAAGACGGAAUCACGGUUACUCCAAUGAUCUACGUGUGUGCCGUCGAAUGUUUGGGACGUUUGUUGGCGCUUCACUGUCCAGCUACGGAGAAAUCCACCAUCGCUCCAACGUUCGCAUCCCAUUUUCCUAAUUCUCAGUCGAUCCGCGAUCCAGUAGUGCCCCACAAACUGGCAUCCAACUCUAAGGAGAUAGUGCACAAAAUUGAACAUAUGCUGCACCUUAUUGGACAGAAGGCAGAAUCACAGGGCGUCGAUAUUUACCAGCAACUGUUGUGCAUGCCGCGCGCGCCGGGUACGAUCCAUCAUGUUCUCCUUGGAUUAGAACGUAUUCAGAGACGGUCAGUACCGAAUGGUGUAUCCUCGAAUCGUCCGGAACGUACGAUUAUCUUCCCCUAUGUAAAUGAACCCAAACAGUCCGACCGAAUCUAUCCAGUUGAGAAGCAUUUGAAUACCGUACAGCACCGAAUGCGGAAUGCAUUUGCUGGUGCCAUUCCUCAAAAUGAGGAUUUGCUGACCUGUUUCGAGCGGCAGCUUGCUUUGGAAUGCAAAGGCGAAGUCAGGAUCCCACCAGUGCUCCCGCCGUACCCAAUGAAGGACAGUAUCAGCUCAUUCAAAAAGCCCUUGCCAAACAUGCUUAAAAAGCGGUUGCGUCACGCUCUGUUGGAAGAACAAUCUCGAUGGCGUAUAAAACUGCUUGCAGGAUUCAAAGAUCUUCUCCAGCGACUUAAACGAAGUCAUACACGCGACAAGAUAACUGUCUACCCGUUUUUGAAGAUUCUUCCGGCACCGCACUAUGUUGAUUUGAUGAUCAAAGCAAUCGACAAUGUGGCGCUGAACUCAACCCUACAACACGUGAGCUCCACUUUAGUCUGCAUGGAUCUAGGCCGUCGUGUUCAAGCUGCUUGCGAAUUAUACCGGAAGGAGAAAUUAGGUGUUUUGGAUGAGCUCAAACAGGUUUACACUUCUUACGCAGAACAGUUUAAUCGGGAAGAUAUGCCAUUACCGCAGUUUCGGCAUAUGUGGCUUUCUGUGACAAAAAGUCGCGUGAACGAAGGAGCAGUCAGUCUGCAUCAUGAUUGGCCGGAGUGGACGCCCUUCGUGCAAUAUAUGGUGGGCCGCGCUUUGUACAGCCUUAUAUAUGACAAGUUGAAAUUUGACAGGAAUCGACCAAUCCUAGUUCGUCAUCAAACAUUAGAUAAUCUUGCUAAUCGGACUGGUCCCAACAUGAAAGACGUUUCGACGGCAUCCCCUAAUCUCAUACGAUCCCAGGAAUCGCCAUUACUGUUCGAAGUGUUUACGCAAUUUGUCAGUGAAAUGCGUAUGGAAGUGAAGAUCCACCCCACUUUGGCCAAUUGGUACCGAGAUGCCGAAUAUCCUCCAUUGAGCUUCCACCCAGCCGAGCUUCCCAUGCUUUGUCCUCCAGUCCCUUGGACCGACUUGCACGAUGCUGGAUAUCUGGUCUCACGCACUUUCUCCAGUCUUUCUUUUCGUACGUCGUUCCCAACACAGAUCUUGGAUGCACUCAUCAAGGUGGCUCGUGCGGGAGGAAGUCGUAAGCUCAGCCUCCCAGAAAUUGUCAGACAAACAAUGCCUUCUCCGUUGUCGAUCACCAAAAACUAUAUGCUUCAAUUUUUCCCACACAUCACCUCCUCAACUCCGUGUAUUUACCCUUUCAGUACGAUGAGUUAUGAGGAGCGUCGAGCUGCUGACCGUCAAGCCAAAGAGGCUCAGAAGCAGUAUGACGAAAUGCGAUCAUUAUGGGCCACGGAGUUGUAUCGUCUUUCCAUUGCCAAUCAGUAUCGUGGACGUGUGUUCUGGUUUCCCCACAGUAUGGACUUUCGUGGUCGCGUUUAUCCCUGUCCGCCACACUUUCAUCAUAUGGGAAGUGAUGUUUCUCGAGGCUUGAUCGUUUUCGCAAAAGGACUGCCGCUCGGUGAACAUGGACUCGACUGGCUGAAAAUUCACCUGGUGAAUCUGACCGGGUUGAAAAAACGCUGUUCGAACAGGGAUCGCUUGGAGUUUGCAGAACAACUCUUGGAUGAUGUUUUGGAUUCGGCUCGCAAUCCAUUCAACGGUCGGCGUUGGUGGCAGGAGCAAGAAGAACCGUGGCAAGUGCUGGCAUGUUGCAAAGAGCUAAUGGCUGCAAUAGAACAUCCUUCCGGGCCUCAUAACUAUAUUUCACACUUCCCGGUUCAUCAGGAUGGUUCUUGCAAUGGCCUACAACACUACGCUGCACUGGGUCGCGAUUGCCGUGGUGCGGAAUCUGUGAAUUUGACUGCUAGAGAUCAGCCCCAAGAUGUCUAUAGUGAUGUUGCGGAGGUGGUGGAAGCUCAAAGACAAGCUGAUGCUGCCGCUGGAAUUCCCGUUGCCAAAGUCCUCGAGGGCUUUGUCCGUCGCAAAGUUAUCAAACAGUCUGUCAUGACUACAGUCUAUGGAGUGACACUGUACGGUGCAUCCGAGCAAAUUCGCCGGCAACUACGUGACCUGGAGGACUUUCCUGGUCGUGAAUGGAUCGGUCCUGCUGGGACAUAUCUUGCCCGCUUGACUUUGGCCAGUAUUGGGGCUAUUUUCACCUCAUCUACAGAAAUACAAGCCUGGUUUGGUCAGAUCGCCCAUCAUAUCUCGCGACACUUAGGUAGCCGUGUGAGCUGGGAAACUCCAUUGGGUCUUCCAGUUACCCAACCUUACAUGACCCUCCCCAGUGCACUGACAGCGGAUCGUUUCUCGGAGUUCACACCUUCGUCUCCAUUCAGUCCACCAUCUCCAACUCUCCUGGGGGCAUCAGCUAUGGAGGUGGCCAGCCGUGUAAGGCAUAACUACGCUAACUACAAGGAAUUACCCGUGCCGAACCCUGUGAAACAACAGAAUGCCUUCCCACCGAAUUUCAUACACUCCCUGGACUCGUGUCACAUGAUGCUAACUGCACUACAUUGUUUUCGGGAAGGAAUUACAUUCGCCUCGGUGCAUGAUUGCUUUUGGACACAUGCUGCAACGGUGAAUGAGAUGAACCGCAUUUGUCGGGAGGAAUUUAUUGCCCUACACAGUGAACCCAUUUUGACGAAUUUCGCUGACUAUUUACGGUCCAAAUUCGCGUACACGAAGGAGGAAAUCUCAGAAAUGAACUCAGAACUGAAACGGGCUAAAGCUUCAGCGUUCAACGAAAUUCUCGCACGGGUUCCUAAACCAGGUAAAUUUGAUCUGAACGAAGUCCGAAACUCUACCUACUUCUUCAGCUGAAUUUAGCUUGCGCAGAAAAAGCUUUCCUUCAACGUGCAUUUCUUGCCCAUCCCCUCAACUGCGCGCAGCCGUACUUUUGCGCCGUCAUUAUUCACCAGGUUCUUUCAAGCCAAGUAGUGCCGGCUAUUUUUUGAAAUAACGCUUUUACGUACUUCCUAAUCCAAUGUGAUUCAGGUUGAAUUUUUUAGAAUAUUGUCC